AUGGCGGAAAAACUCUUGUGGCAGAGAACGCUGUCUAUAAGUAACGAUAGAACGGUUUCCUUAGUACUCGCACUAAAACCGUAUUUUGUAAAGCUGAGAAUCACGGAGCCCCAGCUCUGCAAUCCUACAGUUCAGCAGUAUUCUAGAUAUCUGGACAUUAGUGAGGGAAAACAUCUGUUUUUCUGGUUCUUCGAAUCCCGUUCAUCGCCCUCGGAAGAUCCCUUACUCCUAUGGUUGAACGGCGGCCCGGGAUGUAGCUUUUCUACUGGUCUUUUGUUCGAACUGGGCCCAUGCAGCGUAGUUGAUGAGGGGAACAACACGACCUACAACCCACACAGUUGGUACCAACAGGCUAAUAUUAUCUUCCUAGACCAACCAAUCGAUGUUGGCUUCUCCUACUCCACCGAUGGCUCGCAGGUGACUACCUCGCCUGAAGCUGCAAAGGACGUAUACGCAUUUCUCGAGCUCUUCGUGCGGCGGUUCCCAAAAUAUGCGGACGCACCUUUUCACUUGGCUGCAGAGAGUUAUGGCGGGAGAUUCUUGCCACACAUUGCUAGCGAGAUACACAAAAAACAGGGAACUCAGAUAAAUCUAGCAUCAGUUAUGGUUGGAAACGGGCUGGUAGAUCCCCGCACUCAGAUGCCAUCAGUGGUUGAGUACGCCUGCGAAGGGCCGUAUGCUAUUUAUGACGACCCGUUUGGGUCGGAGUGCACUAGGUUGCGCAUCAGCGCAGCGGUGUGCGAAAGGCUCAUUGAGGGAUGCUACAGAUUUGAAUCCAGACUGACUUGUAUCCCCGCCUCCGUGUAUUGCUGGAAUAGCGUUUUUGGACCAGUCUUCAGCCAUGAUCAAAAUAUGUAUGACGCCCGAAAGCAAUGUAAGCUCGAAGAAAAUGGUAGCCUCUGCUACAAAGAAAUGAUUUGGGCAGAGAAGUGGAUGAAUGAGUCAGCGGCGAAGUUAGCGCUUGGAGUCAACCCGUCGCGAUUCGCGAAAAUACGAGGCAAGGAAAAAUUCGUUUCGAACCUUGACAACAUAUAUCGAAAGGAGUUCUUAGCCGUUCCAUCGACCCUCUGGUCAACAUCUAAUGGUGCUAUUGUCGGCGAGGUGCGUAGCGCCGACAUGGUGCUUAAAUGGGUGCACGAUGUGCCUCUUGCCUGA